CCAUCAAAUACUAUCCCAAUGUAACACUCAUUGACUGUGGUAUCGGUCGGGAGUCAAACAUUAUGAACGACCAGUGCUUUAGAUUUUAUACGAGUUAUGAUAUGACCCGAAAUAUACAGUACGGACGCAAUAUUACCGACGGAGAGAUGCCGUUCAUAGCAUUCAUACACUCAAAGCUCAGAAAUAAACCAAAACUAAAUUUUUAUUGUUCGGGCACUAUAUUAAACAAUUGGUGGAUACUGACCGCUGGCCAUUGUAUUUACAAACAAUCUCAAGGCUAUUACGAUGAGAUACGUGUCUAUCCCGGUGUUCACGAUGUGUCCCAUUUGCCCGACAAAUAUAGCCGAUCGCUCCUGGCGUUUGUCCAUCCAGACUAUCAGUUUGAAUAUAGCAUUUCACAUGAUUUAGGACUUAUUAAACUAUACAAACCGUUACACCUACUGAUGUCCGAUAGUAGCAAUGGUGUAGUCGGCUAUCGUAAGUUGAAUGCGGUUUGUUUGCCACCGGAAGGCAUCCGACACGACAGCAGAGAGCUGGCAGUUAUCGGUGGCUAUGGAUCUAUCGGUCCGAACGAGAUGUUGAAGAGUUGGCCGCGAAUGGGUUGGACUGUCAUCAAAAAGCACGACGAGUUUGUGAACGACGACAACGAAAAUCUUAUUAUUACUGAUAAUAAAGCAAUUAAUUCGUCGAUAGGCUGUGCAGGCGAUUCAGGCGGACCACUGGUCCAAUAUGUGAAAGGACGGGCUGUACUAAUCGGUAUAUUUAAGGGCUAUUAUGGCACCGACAGUGACAGCAUGUGUUUGGACUCGUUAUCAUCGCCCGGUGUCUACAGUAGAUAUACUCCUAUACAUUUAGAUAGUUAUUUAUAA